AUGGCCACCACCACCAAGAUCAUCGAUAUAAAGAAAGUCUGCAACAACGCCCACAACAUCAUAGAUCAAUUGGCGAAACUGGACGACAAGUUCUUCGCCAUCAACACCAGCAGCAGCUCGCUGCUGCCCAACGCCGCCGUACCCUUGUUGCUCGCUGCACCCCGCAGCGACCAUGCAACAAGCAGCAUUGCCGCCAGCCUUCCCUGCAGCGGCCUCGCCACCAAGCUAAUGAACAAUGAUGCUCGCCCGAGCAACAAUGAGCGUGCACGUUCUAAGGAGAUCCUCGACAUCCGCAACAUGACCAAUCGGUGGAAGACGAUGUUUGACGAGUUCUUCACUCGCCCCGACAAAUCUCCAGCAAUAGCAGAUCCACCUCAACCAGAGAUCCCCACUCCGGAGAUCACGUACAAAGGAGUUGCAGCAGCCAGCCAGAUCCGGGAGGAUAGGAUCUACUUGCUUGGAGGACAAAAUUAG